AUGGACCGAACAGGCAAUCUUCGCCUCUUCACCAUGUCACUCUGGGCAGCUCAAUGCUUGUGUGUCAAGAAGAAAGAUGGAACUAUACGACUGUGUAUUGACUGGAGGGUGUUGAACAAGCUUCUGGUAGCCGACAGUGGCGGGCUAGGUGAUAUGCAAACCAUAUUCGAUGGACUGAAAGGCAAGCGGUACUUCACUCAGAUCGAUCUAGCGUCGGGCUUUCAUCAAAUUGAAAUUGCCGAAAAGGAUCGGUAUAAAACAGCCUUCCGUGACGCAGACGGCAUGUUGUACGAGUUUACCCGUGCGGUAUUCGGACUAACAGUUCUACCUUCCGCGUUCACGNAGAGCUUACCCGUGCGGCCUUGUGAGCUGCACUCAGACGCUAGCUCAGUGGGCGCAGGUGCUACCGUGCUGCAGACAAUAGACGGUACACCCAGGAUCAUCGCUUUCGCUAGCCACAAGUUCUCUCGCACCGACGCUCGACGGGGACCCACGGAACGGGAAUGCAUGGGAGUAUUGUGGGGCGUUGAUCAUUUCAAGCCGUACCUAGCUGGUAGACUGUUCAAAGUCGUGACGGAUUGCUCUGCACUCACGUGGUUGUUUCGUAGUAGAGAACUUUGUCCCAAGUUAUAGAUGGGCUCUUCGCCUCAUGGAGUACGACAUAGUACUAGAAUGGAGGGCAGGAGUACAUCACGUGUUGCCAGAUGCUCUGUCCCGUCUCCCCGUCGCCAGUAGCCCCUCCGUAGAUGUAGACGGCUCUUUUCCUGACGAUUUCACGUCCCCGGAUUCCGCUACUUUUGUGGGCCCGCCAGGCCCUGUGCUUGAUGGUGUGCGUCUCGCGAACCUCUCGAGCACGGACGAAUCCGAACCCGUAAAUGCCGAUAGUGAGAUUGAUCCCGCGGUCAUAGCACCACUAUUGGCUGACUUCCUGUUCGCUGCCUGUGCCUCGCUCGAUGAACUUGCACCGCCACGUCGCUCAGGCAGACGACGCACGCCCUCAGUACGCCUACAACCCCUCAAAGACCCUCAGCUGCCUACCGUGGCACAGGUGUUAUCAACUGGACUACAACGCGCGUUCGCACCUGAGGCCAUCGAGCUACCCCCGGCUCAUCCACCGGAGCCGGUGCAGCCCGAGUGCACAAGGUCCGCCGACGUGGAGGAGGUGCUUUCAGCAGGGGGGGAGUUGCCCUUUCGGUCAGCGGUAGACACGGGGUCGACGGCAAUUCACAGGGCACUACGAGUGCUGAAGAACCCGGACACGCUUAUUCGGCGCCAGCAAGACGAUGCCCUUUUGGGCCAGGUUCGGCGGGAUCUAGGGGGGAGUGGUGAAGCAGGAUACAGUUUGGAUGAUAAGGGAGUGCUAAGGUUCGACGUUGGUCCACACAUUACAUGGACACGCAGGAGUUGGAGCGACCUUAGCACUAAUUCGGGAUCACUUGCACUGGCCUAAACUCACACGAGAUGUCCGUCAGUACGUUUUGUCGUGUAGCUGCAGACGUCGCAGAAGGCCCACUAGUAAACGCGUACCUAUGCUGCCAGGGAGACCAUUGGAACCUUGGGAUGAACUUGAGAUUGACCUACUCAAAAUUGACACGACAUAAUUGUCUGGUAACAAGUACAUCCUGCUUGUGGUAGACCGUGCAUCCAAAUUCCCUUUCGGUUUCCCUCUUGCGACCAAGGAAGCAAUAGGAGUAGCUAGAGCAUUGUAGGAACUGUGUUUAACUUUCGGCGUCCCCACAACCAUUCGUUGCGAUGGCGGUAAAGAGUUCCGCGGAGAAGUAGUGACUCACCUGUGCCGGUGGUUACAGGCGGAUAUCGCUUUUGCAGUAGCAGAUCAUGCCCAAGGGCAAGGCUCAGUUGAGAGGCUAGGAGGCUGGAUGCAAGAGCUGUUGGCAGAGCUGUGCAAAUGCUGGAACGACCGUUGGGAUGAGUAUGUAUCGCCUGCCAUCUGGAUUAAGCGCACGCUGCCAGACAUUUCCGUUCACCCGCACAUGACCCCGUUUGAACUGUUGUUCGGUCGUAAACCCCGCACCUCGUUGGACUCGCUGGUGCCGCUUUCAGACGAGGGUAACCAAGAUCCUUCGGGAGGUUUGGACAACUUCGUUGAACGGCGCAAGCAGAACCUUCGGGAAGUUCGGUUGGUGCUCGAGAAGCGCCACGACCUGCGGGUAGCAGCGAGGGCCAAGACGAACGCCAAUAUUUCGAGGAGUACGGCGUCGCUAACGGUAGAGAAAGGCAACUUGGUUAUGGUGCGCGAAGCCGACAGCAAUCUUCACCGAGACAAGCGGGGCCGGAAGUUGCAGCACGACCUCUACACCGGCCCUUGGACAGUAGAAGAAGUUUUGCAGAGGGGCUUGAGUGUGCAAGUGAAGAUGCAGGGUAGAAAGCUGCGUUCGCGGAGAGUUUGCACGGCCGAGUUGAAACUCUUGCACCUUCGCCCACCCCAUUUGAGACAUUCUAUUGCCGAGGAAUUCAUGCAGUUCGCGUGGGGCCCUGAUUGUGCAGCACCUGUCGAGCAACCUGGACUAGGGACGUUUGUCUCCCUCUCUGACUGCCGUCGUGUGCAUUCGCCUACCGGUGCCUUGGUGUGGGAGUACAAAGCCGUAUCACAGACUGGUGUAGAGUCCGUGCGGCUGUCGGAACCUGAGCUUCUCCGCACGUUCACACGCUUGCAGUUGGACGGGUUCAUUGCACUAUGGCAUCUGUACUAUCCUGAAUUGGCGUCUCAACUUACCCCACGCUCCCUACCGCGUGCACCGUUGUCCCCUCGUGAAGCCCUGCGAAUCUACCCAAAAGGUUUCACUUUCCAGAAAGACUUUGGCGGAGGGCAAAAGCUCCAAGAACAAGUAUUUGGUUACCGAGACCGCUACUGGCGUGUGCGUUACAGUUACCAGAACUGGGAGGAGUUGACGCGUCAGGAGCUGGAACGUUGUCUUCACUGAAGAUCGUCGUCACCGCACCAGUGGCUGCUGAUUCGUGCAUGUUGGGGUGGGGGGACAUUUACCCGUGUAUCGUGUGGAUUCUUUUGUGUCGUGAUGUCAAGUUGGG